GUUCGUACAUAGGAGCCCAGGUCUUCUCCAUCGCGUUAGAAGAGAUGUCGCCUCCACCAUCAAACAUAUCACAGGUCUUCUUCCCUCAUCGGAUCACCGCAUCCACCAGAGCUCCAUCAGUAGACACCGCCCGUCUCUAUUUCGAUUCUCUUCUUCGUCUUUCUUCUUCGCCAGUGAACGGAUCUCGUUGUGAAUGGAGGACAGACGCGGAUAGGGUUUCGAUCGUUAUCUUCUUCUUCUUCAUCUCUUCUAUCGCCUCCCGUUCAAAAUCAAUUGGACACUUCCGUUCCAGAUCUGCCAACGUUGGUGGCCAACGACUCGGAUAUGUCAGAUCCACCGUCCUUGAAGUCGGAGAUAAACCAGAACAGCCGGAUGACCUCUUCCUCCGCUGCUUGGCCGCCUCUGCGUGGUUUCAGAUCCGGGCGAGUGUGGUGGGCGGCUAUGGAGGUGGGUUGACCCGCUAGAGAAACGUAUGAGGCUGUCUGCUGGGGCUGAAGGUUAUGGAAAGGGGGCUGGGUAAGGCAGGGAGCUGGGAUGACGCAGGGGAGGGGGUGGGGUGACACGGGGAGGGGGUUGGGUGAGUAAAUGGCUUUGUUGUGGUGGUUGCAGUCAUUGGGCGGAGUUGGUGGAUACAGGAGGCGGUGGCUGACGGAGGUGUCACUGUGACAGUAGGCGGGCAGUCAAUGUGGCCGGAGUCACUGUGGUCAUAGUCACCACAGCGGCGUAGUCACUGUGGCGGCGGAGUCAGUGUUGUGGCGGAAUCACUAUGGCGACGUAGUCACUAAGGCGGCAUAGUCACUGUGGCGACAGUGACACGGGCGGCGGCGACAGUGACACAGGUCGUGGCUACAAUGACAAAUGUUGUGGCUACAGUGACAAAUGCGGUGGCUACAGUGACACGAACGGUGGUACAGUGACACGGACGGUGUCUACAAUGACACGGGCGGUGGCUACAGUGACACAGGCGGUGAUUACAGUGACACGAGAGGUGGCUACAGUGACAUGGGCGGUGACUAUAGUGACAUAGGCAGUAGUUACUGUGACACCGGUAGUGACAUAAAAUCUGAUAGUGAUAGUAUGUUUUUUCAAAUAUAUGACCUUAUUAAUCACUUUUUUGUCUUUUUGAGAUAUGGUCACAUUUUAGGAAAGUGGCUUUAAUUUAGUAAUAUUGAAGGCAAAAGCCCUAAAAAUUAAAUGUAAACAACGUCGAUCAUGCUUUGGAAUAUCUCACAGCCUGUUAAACAGUAUGCCGCAGGAGAGAAGGGCUAUCGUGCCGCAUUAUGAGCGGAUUUUAGGCGAAAAAAUUGGUUCGUGAUUAUUGCAACGUAGCACCCGAGUACAAAUAGGAAACUCAGUGUGUAACUUAUUUUUUAAAUUUAGAUUUACUUUAAUUGAUUUAAAAGCAAAUAAAUGCCACAUAGUCUUCACACUUGAUUUACCGAAAGUGCGCAUUGGACAAGUUUUUGUAUGUUUUAUUUAUUAGGCAUAACAAUGGUAUUAGGUGGAUAACUUCUUUAUUCAUCUUUUGACAUGUGUCAUCAUUUUUGUACGGUUGAAAUUUAUUCAUUAGAGAUGCUCUUAGUGUGUUCAAAUGAG